UUAAAGCAGCAACCUUCUGAACACCUAAGAAAUAGUGAAGUUACACUUAUUGAGAGUGAAGAUAUUUCUGUUGUAGACGAGAAAACAGAAAUACUAGCGGAGGUAACGAAAAAAGUGUUAAUGAUUCUGUACCUUUGUCAGUCCAAAGAAGGGAACUUAUCGCAGAGUUUUCUGGUAUUGUAUCUGAACUGACCUCAAAUGACUUGGAAACUGCUAAAAAAAUGUUAUCAUCACUAAAGGCAACUGUAGCUGUCGGAAUGUUGCAGCAAAAACAGCCACUGCUGCAAAUAGAAAGGAAACAAGCACAAAAGAUUUUACCUCAACGUAGACUGUACUCUACAAAGAAAAACAAAAGGGGUAAUAAUGCAUCCCUGGUGCUACCAAAUUCAGAAGAAUCCAGUUUGAUCAAAUUAUCUCUACUGGCAGACAAAGAAGAUGCACUUGUGGAAAAAGGUUCAGCUGUUCAAAAGCAACCAACAAUAAAAAAUACAGAGGGUGUAGCAGGUCCAUUCCCCAUUACAGCAUGUGCCCUACAGCACAGCCCGACGAAUCGCUCAACUCCCAUGAUUCAGCCAAUAGCAAAACAGGCUGAGGUGGUAUCUAGUCUGUCUCUCGCUACAUCGCAUGUGCUGAAACACAGCCCGAGGAAUAGCUCAACUUCAAUUCAACCAAUACCAAAACAGGCUGUGGUGGUACCACAUCCAUCCAUCCAUCCAUCCAUCGGUACAGUGCGUAUGUUGCUACACAGCUCAACAAAUGGUGCUGUUCUCCCACAUUUAAACCAGUGACAGGGCAGGAUAAGAUGGUAUCAGUGCCUUCCCUUACUACAGCGCAUGUUCUGCAACACGGCUAUGGAAUGCAACCUGUGAUGCCAGGAAACUCACAGAUAAACUAAAUCAUGUGCCAGAUGUCUAGCACCAUUGUGUUUGGAAGUUCCAUUGUUCUGUGUGCAAACAGUUUUGGAAGUUUGGAUGAAUCAAGUUUCUGAAACUGACUGGAAAGAAACUUAAUUUUCAAAAACUAAGAUUUUAUUGCAAUUCAUGAUACUGAGAAAUAUUUUUAUAAUUGCUGUACAUUCAGCUAAAAGUUACAGUAACAUUUUCUUGUAA